AGUUAUAAGCAGCAUUCGGCAAGCCCUAGUUAGAGUCUCUAGACCUUCUUCUACUCCCAUCAUCUCCUGUUACCAACGAAGCGAUGGCCGUGAAUCCAGACGAAGAUACUGAAUUUAACGAUGCUCUCCGAAAGCAUGGAAUACUUCCUCCAAAGGAAGCACCUCCACGCUCACCUUCCCCUCCUCCUCCGCCCAAACUCCAAGACACACUUGAGGGUUUGACAUUGUCGGACCUCGAGGCACUGGGUGAAGACGUUAAAGAUGAUGAGGCCGAACGAAUGAUCGAGCACUUUCGGAGACAACGGCUUGCGGAGCUCAGGAAGCUACGACAUGCGAGGUUUGGAAGGGUGUAUCCCAUCGGAAGGGAGGAUUACACUAGAGAAGUGACUGAAGCGAGCCAGGUGGACUUGGAUGAGGAAGAGAUGAAAGGAAAGGGCACUGGCGUGGUUUGUUUCUUGUACAAGGACGGCAUCCCCCGGAGUGAUCGUGCAUUCGAACAUGUUCGUAUACUCGCAGAACGACAUCCGUCCACCAAGUUUGUCUCCAUAGUGGGAGAUAAGUGCAUUCCGAACCUACCUGAUUCCCGAGUGCCGAUGUUCAUCAUCUACCGGAAUGGGGAAGUCCUGAACCAAAUCCCGUCAUGGGGUGGGGAUAGGGAACGGCGUAUCGAAGAGCUGGAGGCGAUCUUGGUUCUAGCAGGAGCCAUCAUCCCUGAACGCAGGCCGCGAGAGAAGCGUCGCGAUUCAGACGAAGACGAGUCGGAGGAAGAGUCUGAUGAGGAACCCUCGUCAAGAAUGCGGUCUGCUUCAACGAGAACGAAUGUUCGCGCUCCAAGGAAUGUCAGAGGAAGGAAGGAAGAAGACUCGGAUUCUGACUUUGACAUAUGAUUUGUAUCUCAGGGAUUUGAUCAAAUGUAUCCAUAGUUUAUCUCGUACAAUCUUCCAGUCCGAGCGACAUAAAACACU